AGGUCAACUGUGACUUAAAGGUCAACUGUGACUCAAAGGUCAACUGUGCCUCAAAGGUCAACUGUGACUUAAAGGUCAACUGUGACUCAAAGGUCAACUGUGCCUCAAGGUCCCCUGUGGUUCGAGACGAUCUCUGGACAAUCCCUUGUCUAAAGUGAAAAGGUUCAGACAGCCCAGCUGGAAGCUUGUGAUCAUGUAUGAAAUAGUUUUAUGUGCUAUUCUUGCUUUUAUCUUGCUGUUGACAGUUGAAAUCCGUACGAUUCUGGCAAAGAUCGUAAAAUCAUUAGGAUGUAUAGAAUUGAAAGUCCGGAGUCUGGAACAAUUGAUAAUCAGCCGAACAAAACCAGAGAAGGAACACGGGGAAAAAACAACUAAAAAAACCUGCGCGUCAGUUCUUAGACGACAUGUUGUCUCUAGGAAACUCCGCCAUUCACUUUACAAGGUGGUGUACAAUGGCAAGAGUCGCCGGUGGAGACUGCGUAGGCGGGGACGUGUGAUGCUUCAAGCAAUGGCACAGUCAAAAAUGGCGUCAAUGUCGCCGGCACGUGUGAUGCUUCAAGCGAGGGCACAGUCAAAACUGGCGUCAAUGUCGCCGGCACGUGUGAUGCUUCAAGCGAGGGCACAGUCAAAACUGGCGUCAAUGUCGGCUGCACGUUUGAUGCUUCAAGCGAAGGCACAGUCAAAACUGGCGUCAAUGUCGGCUGCACGUUUGAUGCUUCAAGCGAAGGCACAGUCAAAACUGGCGUCAAUGUCGGCGGCACGUGUGAUGCUUCAAGCGAAGGCACAGUCAAAACUGGCGUCAACGUCAGCGGCACGUGUGAUGCUUCAAGCGAGGGCACAGUCGGCGGAAAAACUGGCGUCAACGUCGGCGGCACGUGUGAUGCUUCAAGCGAAGGCACAGUCAAAACUGGCGUCAACGUCAGCGGCACAGUCGGCGUCAGAACUGGCGUCAGAACUGGCGUCAACGUCAGCGGCACAGAUGAAAGAAGACGGGCCUGAUUAAAUAAGCAGCCACACCUGUAAUGAAUCCUGGACUAUCUCUAGCAAGUGUAUAGAUGAUUGGACCUCAAUAUGCAACUAAUAGAGGCCACAGCAAGCUAUAAGUGUAUAAGUUUAGACUUAUAACUUAAUAAAAUCAAGUC